UGUUUUCUUUUUGUAUUUAUUCAAACCAUUGAGGUUUUUUGCUUAUCUGCUAUCAAUGCCGGGGGCUUUUAAUAUUUCUGCUAUAAAUCCACGCAAUUAUUAAGCGAGUCUCAAACAGUCUCGCGCUAAAAAUCAAGAUGCAAAGACGUCUCAAUAAACUAACGGUGCUAUUACUUGUGCUGAGCUGUGCGUACAACGUGCAGGGCGAAAUCACAAUUCUACCCGACGUACUCUACUACAAUCUAACGACCACAUCACGUGCCGAUCUCUUCCACAUGCACCACCUGCGUCAAUUCGGCAUCAAUGUGAAGGAACUCGAACAGAGCUUGGUCGACUUCAAGGACAAAUAUCACGCACGACUCGAUGUUAUCGGCUACAACAUAGAACUGUUGGAGACCAAAUUGGAGGAAGUCGAUAACAAGUUGAAUCCGCUCAUGCUGCUGGGCGACAUUAAUGAUUAUUGUGUGAAUAAACAUCGCGCGAAAUUGCCGCAGAUCGCACAGUUGACGAUCAAAAUGAAGGAAUGCACGCUGAAAGGCACGAAUUCGUACAAUGGUUUUGUGUCCGGUGCAGAGGCGACCGUGCGUAAUUUAAAGAAUUACUACACCAGCAAUUUCGCCACGGCUGUGAAUGAAUGCAAGAAGAAGCAUGCGAACCAACUUGCCGAGCGGAAUUACACGCAAUGCAUCUCGACAGCGGUGACGAAUGCCGCCACGAAAACCUACGCCGACACGAAUGUCUUUCAAAAUCAAAUGAAGACGGCCGAGUGCAAUGCUGCUAUGAAAAUACGUGAAGUCUUCGAUUGUUAUAAUUUGCAAGUGUUUUCGACUUUCAAUACCAUUGGCGAGGUUAUGGGUCUGGUGGAAAACUGCAUUGCCGGUCAAGAAUUCUGUCCAAGUUGUGGUGACGAUACGGUGCUUACUAAGGGUCGCUGCCCGUAUCACUUGAGCUGGCAUUUGGCUGACAGUGAUAUGACGAGCGAAAAGAUAAAUAAUCCCUUUAAGGGAAUCGCCAAAACGACACCCUGUUUGCAAGUGAAUUUCAUUACCAAGGGUAUUGCGGUGUGAUUAAGUGUGAUUUUCGUGUUUUCGUUUUGUAAUUCAUUUUGUGCAAUUCAUUUUGUUCAGCUGUUUCAUCGAA